AAUGCACCUGAUAGUCUUGAAAUAUGUAUGCUGAGCGGCAGGAAAACUUCGGCUUUGUAUCGCCUCUCAGCAGAUAUCAGGUUCCAAUGCUGGAUCACCUGGGCUUAACAGGCAUCGUUCUCACUGGCUUUGUGGAUGCUGAAGACAAGAUGUCGCUUCAUGUACUCGCCAGUCUGACAUUCUGUCUUAGUGUUUCGAGACUGCAGUACACACAUGGUGAAAGCAUUGCGUUUGGCAAACUUGCCAAACAAAGGAAUAAUUAUCCUGGAUAUCCUGCGAGCCGGGCCAUCAAUCCAGUCUACUGGAGAACAGGGUCGUUAACACACUAUGGCAACCCAUCCUGGUGGGAGGUGGACCUGAGGGGCUACUACAGUAUCAGCAACAUCACCCUCACAGCAGCAGACAAUGGAUGGAAUAUGCACAUGGCAAAUGCCUACGUGGAAGUUAUGGACAAAGAUAUCAGCCUCUGCUCUGAUGUCCAGGUGGAGUGGUGUGGGAAUGUGUCCAGCACCGUUGCCAGUGGGGAGAAGUUCACCUUCACCUGCAAUGCUACAUUUCCCAUCCGCUUCGUCCGUGUCACAAGACGAUCUACAGGAAAUGUUCUUUUGAGUAUCGGCCAAGUUGAUGUUCAAGGUGUCGGGGCUACAAAGCGAUACCGUUCCUACUACACACCCACAACAAACAGGAAGGUGUCGAUCCCAUCCUUCACUACAUCAGCCGUAACAGCUGGCGAUUGCGGCAUCCUUUGUCACCAAAACCAUUCAUGUAUCGACUUCAGCUACAGCACAACUGCAUCGACUGAAGCGAACUGUCUGCUAUCCAACAAGGAAGUGCCUCAGAAUUCUGUGGCAAGCAAUGCCUGGACCAUGUACACCCUGGACAACUGCCUGUAAACACCCAACUCAAACUGGAACCCUGGACCGAAACUUGGAAUCUGACUGGAAGUGGACACGAGUAAUGAAAACAAAACACUAUUACUAUUUAUACUGUUAUCAAGAGGAUUAAAAUAAAAUGUGCAUGCGCACGAAUCAG